AUGCGGAAUAUGAGUGGCAUUUGGGUUAACAUGGAUUCCGAGACAUCUUUACUAUUGGAUUGCGGCGAAGGAACGUUUGGACAGUUGUCCCGAUUUUAUGGCAAAGAAUGUGAUUCACGAUUAAAACAAUUGAAAGCCAUUUACGUGAGUCAUCUUCACGGCGAUCAUCACUUAGGAGUUCUACAGUUCUUGAAACAGCGAUCACUUGUGACACGCGACACACAGCCCACCCCUACGCUCACCACAAUUGGCCACAACUGUGAUCUGUUGAUACACGAGGCGUCGAUGGAGGACCUGCUCGUGGAUAAGGCGCGACUCAAGAGCCACAGCACCACAUCCGAGGCCAUAGCUGUGGGCAAAGAUAUGAACGCGAAGUUCACUAUUUUGACACAUUUUAGUCAAAGAUAUACACGAAUUCCGGUCUUUAAUGACAACUUCAACGAUAGGGUUGGCAUUGCUUUCGACAAUAUGAGGGUUCGGAUGUCAGAUCUGAAUAAAUUGUCGCAAAUGGUUCCGACACUCAAAUGCCUUUUCGCCAAACAAAUGGACAAACUUAAGACCAGAACCGCUAAUAUUAAGCGCCGACNCAAAUGCCUUUUCGCCAAACAAAUGGACAAACUUAAGACCAGAACCGCUAAUAUUAAGCGCCGACAGCAAAAGAAGGCAUUGCAGGCCAUGAAAGCGCCCAAACCUGAGCCCCAACCCAUCCAACAGACCGUCAAAAGGACAUCAGAGAGCGGAACGGACGCCAAAGAAGUGGCCAAAAAGUUGCUGAAGUCCGGCAAAAUCCAUGCCAUCAGAGGGCCCGACAGUAAGGAUAGACAGCACUCGGGGUUCAAGAGA